UUGAAGUAUGUAAUCAUAGUUGCAUUGUAUAAUUUCACACGUCAAUAUUCUUGGCUAUUUCGUACGAUUAAAAAAUAAACAAUUUUACAAUCUUAUUUUCGUUUUUAAAUAAACAAAAACUAUGAAUAAGAUGGCUAGUGAGUCUAAAGUACUAUCUUCCAAAAAUAUUGUGGAGGAUAAAAGAGAAGAAUAUGAAGAAGAGGAAGAAGAAGAAGAAGAAGAAGAAGAACAAGAAAAACGAGAAGUGGAAGAGGAAGAGGAAGAGGAAGACGAUGAAUCCGAGAUAGAGGAAAUGUUAUUAAAAGAUAAAAUUCCAUGCACACAUGAAGUAACUAUGACUCAUGGUACUAAAGCAGUUAUAGCAAUUGCUGCAGAUCCAUCUGGUGCACGACUUGCAUCAGGGUCUAUCGAUUACGAUGUUUGUUUCUGGGAUUUUGCUGGUAUGGAUUCGUCUUUAAGAAGUUUUCGAACUUUGCAACCAUGUGAAAAUCAUCCUGUCAAAUGUUUACAAUACUCUACUACCGGAGAUGUAAUAUUAGUUAUAUCAGGAGCAGCUCAAGCUAAAGUAUUAGAUAGAGAUGGUUUUGAAAAAUGUGAAACUGUAAAAGGUGACCAAUAUAUAACUGACAUGGCACGUACAAAGGGUCACACUGCAGGAUUAAAUUGUGGAUGUUGGCAUCCGUUUAAUAAAGAGGAAUAUUUGACUUGUUCACAAGACAGCACUUGUAGAAUUUGGUUGUUACAUAGGCCACGUGGUCAUAAAAAUGUUAUCAAAUGUCGAGCACAGAAUGGUGUUAAAACAAUUCCAACUACAUGUAGUUAUAGUCGAGAGGGAACUGUUGUGGCAUGCGGGUGUAUAGAUGGUUCCAUACAAAUGUGGGAUCAUAGAAAAAACUUUGUCAAUCCAUCCUUGACGUUAAGAAAUGCCCAUGGUUCUAACAAUGAAAUAUCCAGUUUAAGUUUUUCUUAUCUUGGACAAACAUUGGCAACGAGAAGUUGCGACGACACGUUAAAAUUAUGGGACUUGAGGGCAUUCAAAGUACCAAUAUUUGAAGUUAAAGAUUUAUUUUCUCGAUACGAAACAACCGAUUGUAUGUUUAGUCCUGAUGAUUCUAUGGUAGUUACUGGAGAAUCUUUAAGGAAAGGUCAAGAAAUGGGUAAAAUUUUAUUCUACGAUACUAAAACGUUUGAACUCGUUAAUGAAAUACCGGUGACCAAUUCGCACGUUAUUAAAACUCUAUGGCAUCCUAAAUUAAAUCAAUUAUUCGUUGGUUGCGGAAAUGGUACUGUUAAAGCUUAUUACGAUAUCAACAGAAGUAUGAGAGGUGCUAAAUUGUGUGUUGUCAAAUCUCAUUUCAAACAUAAGCACAUGGAAGUAAUGUCUACUCAACAAAUUAUUACACCGCACGCGUUACCACUCUUUAGACAAGACAGACCUAAAUCUGUUAGAAAACAAAUGGAAAAGGAUCGUCUUGAUCCUGUUAAAUCCCGACGUCCAGAUUUACCAAUUACUUCUGGUCAAGGUGGAAGGGUAGCAUCAUCCGGUGGUACAUUAAGUUCUUAUGUUAUUCGUAAUCUUGGACUCAGUAAAAGAAUAGAAGAUGAUCAGGAUCCUAGAGAGGCUAUUUUGAAAUAUGCGAAAGUAGCUGAGGAAAAUCCAUAUUGGAUAGCACCAGCUUAUAAAAGGACUCAACCAAAAACUAUUUUUCAAACUGAUGAACAAGAUAGCGGUCCGAGUAAUAAGAAACAGAAAUCAUAAAUAAAUUUUAAUUAUAAGUAAUAAUACUAUUAUGUAAAUAUCUAUAACAAAAUUAUUAUUUAAAAUAUGGAAAUUAGAUGUACUUUGUCUUACGUAAAAGUAUAUACAUAAUGAAUAUUAUUAUCUAAUUAAAUAUAUAUUGUUUUAUA